AGUGAAGGAGAGGCGAUAUCCGAGUGUUCUGGGGUCAUCCUAGCCUGCUCCCAACCGUCGUUUUUACUAUUCCAUAUAUAGCUCCUGACAACUGUGUCCAGGGGCUGGAACUCCCAGCUCUUCCCCCCACCUCCUGUCACAUUUCUGCUUCUGAAGCCUGAGCACAGCUCUUGGCUACCGCUCUGGUCUCUGGAUAGCCACUGCAAGAGGAUGGCUGAGAAGCAGGAGCAGCCCAAAGCCUCUGAGAAUGGUGAAAAGGCCGAAAAGGCUGAAAAGGCUGAAACUGCAGAAACUGCAGAAAACGCAGAGGAGUCUGAAAAGCCAAAGGAGCUAGAGGAGCUACCACCCUUUGAAAUUGUAACAGGGGAACGGUUUCCAGCCUUCUUUUUCAAAUUCCAGUUCAGGAAUGUAGAAUACAGUUCAGGCAGAAACAAGACUUUCCUAUGCUAUAUCAUAGAGAUUCAAGCCAAGGAGUCAAAAACCUUCCGGGGAUAUCUGGAGGAUGAACAUGCAGCAGCCCAUGCAGAAGAUGCCUUCUUCAAUACCAUCCUGCCCACAUGCGAAUCUGGCCUACGCUACAACGUUACCUGGUACGUAUCUUCCAGCCCCUGUGUUGGCUGUGCUGAUCGGAUAACUAAGGCACUGCAGAAGAAUAAGAAUCUGCGGCUCUCCAUCAUAGUGGGCCGUCUCUUCAUGUGGGAGGAGCCUGAGAUCCAAGCUGCUCUGAAGAAAAUGAAGACAGCUGGCUGUAAAUUGAGAAUCAUGAAGCCUCAAGACUUUGAGUACGUCUGGCAGAAUUUUGCAGAGCAGGAGGAAGGUGAAGAAGCUAAGGCAUUUACACCCUGGGAGGACAUUCAAGAGAACUACCAGUAUUAUGAAGAAAAGCUUGCUGAAAUUUUGCAUUGAGGUUCAGGGCCUGCUUGUAAGAAGUCUGCCAACCCUAUGGAGAGACAAGCAUGAUAUGCUUUGACAUCUGGGACUUCCCCUUCAGUCUUCCAGAGUCACUUUGAAAAAGAAAAAUACCACCACAAGUCUCUGGUUGACAUGGUGCCAUGCUGACAGACUAAAAAUACAUUUAUUAUGCUGCAUGUAGGCAUUUGGUUGUUUGAAAUAUAUAAACCUGCAGUGGCGCUGUUCAUAUGGAAGGAAAAAGCAUUAAGGUGUGGAAUGAAGUUAAAGAUCUACAGUGCAAAGUUUUUUCAUCUUUGAAAACUGUGGGCAAACAAGUCAAACCACACCAAAAAGCACCCUACAAAACAAUGCAAAUUAAAUAAGUUUAGCAAAUGUGUAUUUUUAAAAAUAUUUCAGAUCUUCUUCAAGACAACAUAAAAUAAGUAUUGAAAUUCUUUUGGUCUCUUUUUCAUCAUGCAUAGCUAAAAUCCAUAGCUUAAUAUGCAGGUUAGUUGCUCUGUGGCAGAUAAAUAAAGCUCAAUAUCUGGUCUAUCACAAGAGUUCACAACAUAAAAGAGCAAAUGAAAAAAUAAAGCACUUGCUGAAUUUAA